UAAAUAUUCUAAGUGGUAGUUAUGGUACACCUGUUUCCAAACAGUAUAAGCUUCUUCAAGCCAUACUUGAAUAUAAGCAGGAUUCAAUUUUGAGGGUAACUGAAUAUUGCACUUUGUAUAUUAAUUAA